UUCUUGCAAAGGAUAAUUGUUCCUUGGAGGGAUUGCGUGUCUCUGUGAAGACGCGUAUUGGCGUCGAUCACGCAGAUAGCUACGAAUUUCUAGAGGCGUUCAUAGACCGCUUGCGUCCAGUGUGCAAGAGGUUCAUCCUGCACGCACGCAAAUGCAUCUUGAAGGGGCUCACGCCUGCACAGAAUCGGAACAUUCCUCCCUUGAAUUACGAGCGCGUAUUUCGCAUCUGCGAACGGUUUCCUGACUGUGAGUUUCUCCUCAAUGGAGGAAUUAAGACGUUGGUGGACGCACGGCGUCUGGCGUACGGAACAAAGCUGUCGAGGGAACUUUCUUCCUCUGCUUCGUCAUCUGCUUCUCCGGCGCUUAGUAGAGGACCGGAGGAGAGCAGGACAUAUGAGUCCACAACUGCUACUAAUGGAUCAUGCGGUCGUCCUCAAGAAAAUGCAACUUCGUCAACUUCUAAGGUUUCGGAACACGGUA